GUGCAUCAUUCAAUGCGGUAGUUUGAACACGAUGACAUCUCAUGUGAUCACGUUAUAUUUCACAUUUCUAAUCCUGUGGAAACCUGCUCAGAUGACUGAUAUGAAAAUAUCGUCAUCUGUUCGCCAAGAGGACGGGUUUCUAUCAGUUAAAACUGGGGACAAACUUACUUUGCUGUGUUUCUAUGAGAAUAAUGUUGAAUCAAGAUAUUACUGGUACAAGCAAACUCUGGGACAGAAACCAAGGCUUAUCUCAACCUACUACAAGUACGAAUCAAAUGGAAAAUUUCAGGACGAAUUCAAGAAUCCACGCUUCGCAUUGGAUACGGGAAAAGGACAAAAUAAUUUGAAGAUAACUGAUGUGCAAAUUUCCGACUCAGCUACUUAUUACUGCGCAAGUAGCCAUGCUUACUGGUUUAAAUUCAGGGAGGGAACUACAGUCAAUGUAAAAGGUUCAGGUUUGAAAAUCCCAGCUUCAGUGGAUCAGUCAGUAUCGGAGAGCAUGCAGCCUGGAGGCUCUGUGACUCAGAACUGUACAGUACACACCGGAGGCUGUGAUGGAAACCACAGUGUUUACUGGUUUAAACACUCUGAAGACACUCUUCCAGGACUUAUUUACACCCAUGGAGGUAGACAGUGUGAGAGGAAACCCAACACACAAACACACACCUGCGACUACAACCUGCAAAUGGAGAGCCUGAAUCCUUCUCAUGCUGGGACCUACUACUGUGCUGUUGCCUCAUGUGGACACAUACUGUUUGGAACCAAACUGGACUAUGAAGAUAAGGAGGAUUCUCUUAUCUUGGUGUAUUCCUUGAGUGGAGCUUUGGCAUUCACUUCCAUCGUGAAUGUCUUACUGGUUUUCUUACUGUGCAUGAUGAACAAAAAAAACGGCUGCGAAUGUACAGAGUCUCAUGCAAGAUUUCCAUCUCCCUUCUCAACAAAUGUAGAGGCUGACCAAAAUGAAGCGACAAUCCAUUACUCUACUGUAAGGGAACAUAAGGUCAACCGAUCCAGGAGACAAAUGAACAGCACCAAGACUGAAUGCGUGUACUCAAGUAUUAAGUAGUACAACUGUACAUGUUUUAUCUUUGUUCCUGUUUAACAACACAAAUAAAGGAUUGGGUUUCUAAACA